GGCGUGGGCGGCGGUCGCGGUCCUCACACUCUGCGACAUGGCGCCGCACGCACCGCCUCUGCCGCUGCUGCUGCUGCUGCUGCUGCUGGCCGUAACGGCUGCUGUCACAAAUGGGGAGGAGCCCUGCCCGCGCACCCCCGGGCCGCAGUCGACGGUGGCGAGGCUCAAGGACCAGCUGCUGAGCCACUACGUCGCCGAGGAGAUGCCGCCCACACAGGGCGGCGCGGCCCUGGCCGUCGAGCACGCGGUCCUCAUCAAGCACAUACCGGGGAUCUAUAAUAACUUGGCCGAAGUCCAGAUUACAGUCGCUCUGAGUUGGCACGACUCCAGACUGGAAUGGGACCCCGCCCAGUACGAUUUCCUCUGGACUAUCUUAGCAGAUUCUACGAGUAUCUGGGUUCCUUUCAUCGGCGUUCAGAGCCACCCGACCAACGUUCCCGAGUGGGUGGACCUGACGGAGCACAUGUGCGCCGUGACGAGCCCUGGCGAGGUGAUGUGCAUGCUGGGCAUGACGGCGCCGGCGCACUGCCUCAGCGACUACCGCGGCUGGCCCCAGGACGAGCACAACUGCUCCUUCCACGUGGGCUCCUGGAUGCUCACCAGCGAGCGGCUCUUCCUCAAAGAUCUCCACCUCAGGUUGGCGACGGCGCCCGGCACCUCGUGGCAGGUGCAGGAGCACGGCUUCGCGACGACCAACGCCAGCGUGGGGCCGGACGGGCGCGCCCGCAGCAGCACACACAUCUGGCUGCAGCUGCGCCACCGCGAGGCCGUCAUGGCCGUCGCCGCCUACGCCCCCGCCCUCGCACUGACGGUGAUGACGCUGUCGUCACUGUGGCUGCCUUCGGCCUGUGGCGAGCGGCUGGCACUGGUCGCCAUCUCAGUGUUGGCGCACUGCACGGUGCUGGUCUACCUCAGCUGGUGGCUAGAGGGCGGCGCCCGCGCACCUCGCAUCGUGGUGUUCCACCGGGACGGGCUGUGCGCGGCGGCGGCGGCGCUGCUGGUGCUGGUGGGGGCGCGCCGCCUGCAGGCGUCCCGGCGCGCCGCCCCCAGCUGGCUGUCGGCCGGCCUCGCGCGGCUCCGGGCGUCGCCCGCCGGCCCGCUGCUGCUGCCCGCUGCCGCCCACCAGCCCGACCUGCAGCUGAAGCUCAUAUCGUGUGGUGUGCCCCAGCCGGCGGAGGCGCCGGAGGUCGACGCCGCCUCCCCCGCCCCCGACGCCGACGUGGAGGCUGCCGGCACUGGCGGCGGCGACGGAGAAGGCGACGCGACCGACGGAGGCAGCGACGCGCUGGUCGCCACCGCCACUGCCGCCGGCGCCGCCUCCGACGCCGAGUGGUGGGGCGCCGCCUCCGUCCUGGCGCAGCGGCUGGGGGCGGCCGGCGUCUGCAGCGCGCUGCUCGCCGCUCUGCUGCGCCUGCUGCUCGCCCACUGA